GACAGGCUAGCUGGACCUGUACAGACUGCCUGCUGGGUCACUGCAGAGUUGCUGGCUACUUCUCAGCCACCAUGAGUAAGAAUGAUGAUACUAAUCAAGUCAAGGACUGCCUGGUUCAACUGAAAUGCCACUUUACAUGGGAACUAGCAAUUGAAAAGGCUGAAAUACCCGAUUUAGAAAGCAGGGUCUUGGAAGAGAUUGCGUUCCUUGACACUAAGUACAAUGUGGGAAUUCACAACCUGCAGGCCUACGUGGAACACCUCAAGGGCCACAAUGACAAAGCUCUACAGAGCCUGGAAGAUGCUGAAAGGCUGAUCCAGAAAGAACACGCUGACCAGCCCGACACAAAAAGCCUGGUGACCUGGGGCAACUAUGCCUGGGUGUGUUAUCACCUGGGAAGUUUGGCAGAUGCCAGGAUGUACCUGGACAAGGUAGAGAACACUUGCAAGAAGCUUUCAAGUCAUAUCCCCUUUCAGGUGAAGUGCCCUGAGGUGGACUGUGAGGAAGAAUGGGCCUUACUGAAGUGUGGAGAAAAGCAUUAUGAGCGAGCUUUAGACUGCUUUCAAAGUGCUUUGGAAAUAGAGCCUGAAAACCCUGAGUUCAACACUGGAUAUGCCAUCACUGUCUUUAGACUGGAGAAUUUUAAGAGGUACAAGAAUGAGAGAGUGUCCUCCCUGGACUCCCUGCGAAAGGCUGUGAGGCUGAAUCCUGAAGAUGCAUACAUCAAGGUCCUCCUUGCCCUGAGACUUCAGGAUGUGGGGCAGGAGAUGGAAGGGAAGAAUUACAUUGAGGAAGCUCUGAGCCUCAAAUCCUCCCAGAUGUACAUCUUUCGCUAUGUAGCCAUGUUUUAUCGAAGAGCAGGCUGCGUGGAUAAAGCUCUUGAGCUCCUUCAAAAGGCCUUGCAGGCAAUGCCCAACUCUGCUUUCUUGAACCAUCAGAUAGGGCUUUGCUACAGAGACAAACUAGUCUUAAAAAAGGUAGCCACCAACAUGCAGCAUGCAGGCCAGGGUAGAGAGAAGAGGGACAGACACGCAAGACUAGCCAUAGCGCAUUUUAAACUUACUCUGAAACAAAAGCCCACAUUUUAUACUGCUUUCCUGCACCUGGCACUUGUUUAUAUUGAAGUAGGAAAAUAUGACGAAGCUGAAGACAACUUUCGAAAGUUGUUUUCUGUGACAGCGCCUAAGGAAAGCUUGCUACAAGAGGCACAUUUCCGCUAUGGCAAAUUUCAGGAAUAUCAAAGGAAAUCAAAAGCUGAUGCCAUUAAGCAUUAUAGAAAAGCAACACAAAUAGGACAGCCGUCAUAUAUAAGGGACAAAAGUAUUAAUUCUUUAGAGAAAUUGGCUACAAUGAAUCUUCAGAGAAAUAAAUUUGACAAGGAAGCCCUCAGCCUCCUGGAAUAUGUCCACAAACUGAAAGGGGAAGUGCAGGCAGCUGGGGAUACCACGAGCAGGCCUGAGCCUGGCUCCGCACUCCCAGACGAGAAUGCCACGGGAAGCAAUGCCUAAGAACUGAAACCCCAGGCACGUUCACUUUUCAUUAGCUUUUCCAUGAAUUUUUAUUCUGUUUGAGGAUUUC